AUGUACAGAAAAACAGUAGUACACCUAUAGGCUCGCGCAUCCACGCCAUCUGAUUUUUUGAAUUUUUACAUAUUCUCUCUCUGGAAGCCUCUCUAUAUAUCUCUCUCUCUCACACACAAAUCGGUACUCCAAGCUUCAACCUUUCGUAGCAACAGAGGGUCACAAUGGUGAAUUCAAAAGGAAAGCGUGGUGCAUCUGCCUCCAAUUCUAAAUCCAAAACUAAUGAUGCACGUAACCUUGCUCAAAAUGAGACAACUGCGUCCUGUUCAAUGAAGACAAAUGUAGAAGAAACUGUGGUUGUUUCUGAAAUUGAAGAUGAGGAAAAAAUUGCAGUAGAAGAAGUGACGACUGUAGUAACCACAAUUGAAGAAGAAAAAACUGAAGUAAAUGCAAUAGAAGUAGAAGGAAAGGAUGAAGAAAAUGCAACUGAAGAAGAAGAUAAUAGUGAAGAAAAUGUAUUAGAAGGCGAAGAAGAUGAAAUUGAAGGAGAAGAAGAAGAUGAAAUUGAAGGAGAAGAAGAAGAUGAAAUUGAAGGAGAAGACGAUGAAAUUGAAGGAGAAGAAAAUGCAGCAGGGGAAGAAAAGAAAGAAGAGGAAGUAGAAGCAGAUUCCAAGGGAAAAACAAUGAAAUUGGGGAAAAAGAGCACAAGGAAGAAGGUGGCACAAAGGAAUUCUAAGGAAAGGAGUGAAGAAAGUGUAUUAGAAGGUGAAGAAGAUGAAAUUGAAGGAGAAGAAAAUGAUGAAAAUGCAGCAGGGGAAGAAAAGAAGGAAGAGAAAGUAGAAGCAGAUUCCAAGGGAAAAACAAUGAAAUUGGGGAAAAAGAGCACAAGGAAGAAGGUGGCACAAAGGAAUUCUAAGGAAAGGAGUGAAGAAAGUGUAUUAGAAGGUGAAGAAGAUGAAAUUGAAGGAGAAGAAAAUGAUGAAAAUGCAGCAGGGGAAGAAAAGAAGGAAGAGAAAGUAGAAGCAGAUUCCAAGGGAAAAACAAUGAAAUUGGGGAAAAAGAGCACAAGGAAGAAGGUGGCACAAAGGAAUUCUAAGGAAAAGAGUAAAGAAAAAGUAGUAGGAGAAGAUGAAAAGAGUAAAGAAAAAGUAGUAGGAGAAGAUGAAAUCGAAGAAGAAGAAAAUGAUGAAAAUAUAGCAGGGGUACAAAAAAAGGAAGAGAAAGCAGAAGCAGAAUCCAAGGGCAAAACAAAGAAAUUGGGGAAAAAGAACACAAGGAAGAAGGUGGCACUGGGGAGUUCUAAGGAAAGGAGUGCUAAAGAUAAAGAUACGCCUGAAUCAUCGGCCAAGAAGAAGGCUUCAAAAAAAGUUGAGACUAUGGGGAUGAUUUUCAUGUGCAGUUCGAAGACGAAGAAGGACUGCUACCGUUAUGGAGUUUUUGGUCUGCCUGCUAGCAAGAGAGAUAUGGUACAGAAGAUCUAUAAAGGAAUGAGGUUGUUUUUGUUUGAUGUUGAUUUGAGGCUAUUGUAUGGGAUCUACAAAGCAUCAGGACCUGGGGGUUACAACAUCGAGCCUGAGGCUUUUAAAUCUGAUUUCCCAUCUCAGGUUCGGUUUGCUGUCCUGAACGAUUGUUUGCCGGUGGCAGAGGAAAAGUUCAAAAAGGUCAUCAAGGAGAACUACUAUACAAGAAACAAGUUUAAUUGUCAUCUUACCUCUGAACAGGUGAAGAACUUGUGUAAGCUUUUUCUUCCUGCUGGCAAAGGGACUAGACCUAAAAAGUUGGCAAGAAGUCUUGGAGCAGAAACCCGUUCAUUUGUAGACCAAGACAGAAAAAGGGGAGCAGAAACCCGUACAUUUGUAGGCCAAGACAGAAAAAGGGGAGCAGAAACCCGUACAUUUGUAGGCCAGAAUAGAAAAAGGGGAGCAGAAACCCGUACAUUUGUAGGCCAGGACAGAAAAAGGAGAGCAGAGACCCAUACAUUUGUAGACCGAGACAGAAAAAGGAGGCGUGCUGUGGAUGAAGAGAAGCGCUCUGCAUAUGGUAGGGAACGUCGUUACCAUGAGCCUCCUGCUAUGUAUGAAAGAGGAGACAGAAAAAGGAGGCGUGCUCUGGAUGAAGAGAAGCGAUCUGCAUUUGGUGGGGAACGUCGGUACCAUGAGCGGCCUCCUACGUAUGAAAGAGAGGCAUUUGCAUCUCCACUCGCACCUCUGCCCCGAGUUGCACCUUUACCUCCACCUGCUCUUGCUCCUCCUCCGUCAUAUGCUUAUGAGAGGACCUUGGAGAUAGACCCUUACGGACGGGACCCACGCUUUGAGCAUCGUGGUCCUCGGCAUUCAGAGUUGGAACAAAGGCCCCGAGAUGAGAUUGAAUACCGUGAUCCCUACAAUUCAUACAGGAACCCUUUUUUGCACCGUGACCCACUGUAUUCAGCAGGCUUACAACCAGAUUACCAUCGUCCUGCUGUAUCGACAUCAUCUGAGUAUCGUCUUACAGGCCUUCCAUCUGAGUACCGUCAUGCAGCUGUUUUACCGCCCGAGUACAAUUCUGGUCAUGCAGCUGUUCCACUGCCCGAGUACACUCCUGGCCGAUCUUUGUACCGAUAUUAGAUUUCCAGCUUCAGAGAAUGAGGAACAAUACCGUUGGUCUUCCACCCCAGCAUCUUUAAGAUUUCUUUGGUUUUCAAUUCUCUUGCUAAGCUUUAUGUCGAGUUCAGGUAGUAACUUUUGACUUUGAUAACGCGUUAUUGUUGUUUAUUUUUUUGCAACAUUUAAAUUAUGCUUGGCGGUGCAAGAUUAGUGAGAUAAUCGUGGGAGAGAUUGUCAAAACCGGGUUUUCGAUACACUCUUCAGUUAAGAAUGCAAUCUCUAAAUUUUCUUUCGGA